GACUGAGUAGUCUACCACUCACUAUAUUUAUUUCCGAGUUCCAAUUACCUUACCUUUAUCAAAAUAGAUUUUGCAAUCGAAGAAGAAAAGAAACUCCAAGAAUGCAUUCAUUCGGUUACAGAGCCAAUGCUUUGCUAACAUUUUCUCUUACGAUUCUUGCACUUAUGUGCGCGAUUGCAUCGCUUACUGAUUCCUUCAAUUCCCCAUCUCCUUCUGCUCAAGUCCAGGUGUUGAAUAUUAAUUGGUUUCAGAAACAACCCAACGGUAACGACGAGGUCAGCAUGACGCUUAACAUUUCAGGAGAUUUACAGUCUCUGUUCACGUGGAACACAAAACAGGUUUUUGUCUUUUUAGCUGCUGAAUAUGAAACACGAAAGAAACCCUUGAAUCAGAUAUCCCUUUGGGAUGGUAUCAUUCCCUCUAAAGAGCAUGCAAAGUUUUUGAUUCACACGUCAAAUAAAUACCGUUUCAUUGAUCAGGGAACCAAUUUGCGUGGUAGAGAAUUUAACUUGACUUUGCACUGGCAUGUUAUGCCAAAAACUGGAAAAAUGUUGGCCGAUAAAAUAGUGAUGCCAGGUUACCGAUUGCCCAAGGAAUACAGAUGAUGCCUUCUUGUCAUGUUAAUGUUUUUGCUGUAACUUUUUCUAUAAGGGAUAUAAAAGGUUCCUUCAAAGAAAUAGAUCAGGGAAAAAAUAUUGUGCUUUGGAUAGUUGAGAUGAAUAACUUUUUUUUUUUUUUUUGAGAAAUAGCUUUCGAAUACUUGAAUAUCCGAAAUUUGUUUGUGGUUGUCUUAAGCUUAUUGUUAUCCUUUAAAAACAUGUAUCAUGCCGUAACGAAUCCUUUGGGCUUUAGCCAUUAAAAAUGAUGGCUACUUCUUACUCA